CCUCAUUUCAGUUUCAGAAAACCCUAGUUCAUUCCCGAGAGAGAAAACAAAACCCUAGCCCCCUCACCCUUUCCCUUCCUCUCUCUCGUCUCCAAUGGCAGCCACAGCCGCCGUCCGUCCCCUCGUCACCGUCCAGGCCCUCGAAGGCGACAUGGCCACGGACACCGCCCAAACCGUUGCCCUUCCCGAUGUCAUGAAGGCCUCGAUCCGUCCCGACAUCGUCAAUUUUGUGCACGCCAACAUUUCAAAGAACAAGCGCCAGCCCUAUGCCGUCAGCAGGCGCGCCGGUCACCAGACCUCCGCCGAGUCCUGGGGAACCGGUCGCGCAGUCUCCCGUAUCCCCCGUGUUCCCGGCGGCGGGACCCACCGCGCUGGCCAGGGAGCCUUUGGAAACAUGUGCCGCGGCGGAAGGAUGUUCGCUCCGACCAAGAUCUGGCGCCGCUGGCACCGCAAGAUCAAUGUGAACCAGAAGCGGUACGCCGUCGUUUCGGCCAUCGCCGCCUCUGCUGUUCCUUCUCUCGUCCUGGCCCGCGGCCAUAGGAUCGAGUCCGUGGCGGAGUUGCCUCUCGUGAUCAGUGACGCCGCCGAGGGAGUGGAGAAGACUUCUGCCGCGAUCAAGGUUUUGAAGCAGAUCGGAGCUUUUCCUGACGCCGAGAAGGCGAAGGACAGCCACGCGAUUCGUCCUGGCAAGGGUAAGAUGAGGAAUCGCCGCUACAUCAACCGCAAAGGUCCUCUGAUUGUGUACGGAACCGAGGGAGCCAAGCUUGUGAAGGCUUUCAGGAACAUUCCUGGAGUGGACAUCAUCAAUGUCGAGAGGCUUAACCUUCUGAAGCUCGCUCCCGGUGGCCACCUCGGGAGGUUUGUGAUUUGGACGAAGUCGGCCUUCGAGAAGCUUGACUCGAUCUAUGGAUCGUUCGAGAAGCCUUCGGAGAAGAAGAAGGCUUACGUGCUUCCCAGGCCGAAGAUGUUGAAUGCCGACUUGGCGAGGAUCAUCAACUCCGACGAGGUUCAGUCUGUCGUGAGGCCGAUCAAGAAGGAAGUAAAGAGGGCACCACUGAAGAAGAACCCUCUGAAGAACCUCAAUUCCAUGUUGAAGCUCAACCCCUACGCCAAGACCGCCAGGAGGAUGUCUUUGUUGGCUGAGGCCCAGCGCGUCACGGCCAAGAAGGAGAAGCUUGACAAAAAGAGGAAGCCCGCCGCUUCUAAGGAGGAGGCUGCUGCUAUCAAGGCUGCAGGAAAAUCGUGGUACCAGACUAUGAUCUCAGACAGUGACUACACCGAGUUUGAAAACUUCACCAAGUGGUUGGGAGUAUCUCAGUGAUUUUCUGCUUUUUCAUAUCUCGAGACAUUAGUUUGAUACUUUUGUUUUGGUGUUAAUUUUGUGUCCUUUUUCUGCUUUGAAGUGGGAGGAAAGAUUAGUGGAAUAAUAGGGGAGAAUUUUGACUGGAUGUCUUUCCUCCUUUUCUUGUUCUCUGUUUUCCUUCCAGAGAUUGAAGAGUUUUUAUUAUCAGUACUGGAUUCAAAGAUUUUAGAUUACAUAGUUUAGUUGGUCAAAUUCAGUUUCUCUUGGCAAAUCUAAGCUGGUAUGAGAUAUUGACAUUCUAUGUAUGUUAUUACAUGAAACAAUUUUCCAAUUGGCGUGGCU